AUGGCGGAAAACAAGCAAGAGAGGAGCCUGACUCAUCUUUUAGAUGGCUUGGAAAAGGCCCACAGAGCCGAUGUUCAACUUUACACUUCAGGACACUUAAACCAUAACAAGCUUUAUAAGCCCCGAGAGAAUGUAAAACCGGGAUACUGGGACAGCGCCAAGACACCAACACGUUUCAUGACAGGAAGAAAGCAACUCCCAGCUCAAAAUAUAUGCAAUGAGACAGCCAAGAAGAUGAAAAAUACUUUGGCUGAUUUCACCCCCAGCACCACACUGGUUCCAGUGCGUGCCAAAUCUGCCUCUCCUAUCUACAGACACGCUCAGGCACUCCUGGCCAGUGUUGAUCGCCCAGUGAAUGGCCCAUUAACUUCUACUCCUUUGGAAAAGCAGUUGAAAGAGCUUAAAAAGAAAAUAGAGGAGGAAACCGACAGACUCAAUAAACCACUUAAAAGAGAAGAGUUAGAUGUGCCAGUGAUGAAGGUGUUGAAGUACAAGCCAGUUAAGAACAGUCGACGUUGUGCUGCUGAAGUUGCUAAGGACGAGUACCAGUUUAUGCCUUCAUAUUUGGCUGGAGUGACUAAAACUGAUCAGUUUAACAAGUUUUUACAUUUUCAGAGGGAUUUUAUUGCCAAGCAUGAUCUGCUAGAGAAUGACAUCAGUGGGAGCAAAGCAUCAGAGCGACAUGAAAGGAAGUUGGCUCAGGAGCUCCAGAGGAUCUGUGAUUGUAACCGUCCCCAUUUCAAACGGUUGCAGGUCUUUGGGGAUGUGUUUGAAGAUAUUUGCAACAGCUCUUUGAUAUUUGGUGAUAUUCUGAAGGAAGUUAAGAAUGAAUAUGAGCUCUACAUGGUGAUACUUCUGGAUUCUCUGCCUACAACACAAUACAAGACACUGAUGGCUCAGGUGAAAGGUAUGGGGAAAAGACCUGUGAAGGCGCAAGAAAUAGAAGAGACCAGGCGAGAAGUACAGACCCUUGUGAAAAAAGCCAAAAGUGUCUUGGAGAGAAAUGAAGAACUCAGAAAUGAAUUAGAAAUUCAGUUGUGGGUGAGCCAGUCUCCUGAGAGUAAAACUGUUCCAGAGACCUCCGGUGACCAUGCUAUGAAACUGCCUGAAAAGAAACAUCUCUCCCUUGCUGAACAGAUUGAAUCUAUGCGGUGCCAAGUUCUCGCUAAGUGGGAGGAAAUGCAAGCGAUAGAGAAAGAGAUUCGAGAAACCAUGACUCAUGCUGGGAUGGCAAAUACUAUAGAGAAGACGGUUAAAGACAUAGAGGCUGAAGCUCUCAAACUCAACUCAGCCAACAGCUUCCUUCAACACCAAAUCAAAGAAGUUCAAGACAACAUCACAGACAUCUUAAAUAGACAGAAGGUCACCCAGGAAAAUCAGCGAAAGUUGUGGGAGUUGCUGAAGAAAUUCUUGUCACUUGAGGAUAAUGAACCAACUUCAGACAAUUCAGAAGAAUGUGUAGGAAGAUAA